GAGAGAGAACCUUUGCGCUUUUUAUUAUUGCCAUGUUUGUCGGAGGCGGUGCGUAAUGCGCGCCACGCACACGAACGAACGGGUUCGGGUCGUAACAAUAUGACAAGCUUUCGGGUCGGAUUCAAACCCGGGAAAUCUCGGUGCUACGCGUGAUGCUAAACAAAGAGCGAUUCAGAUUUGAGACAUAACUCUUCAGAUCCGGCAUAACAGGAAGCUUAGCUUAGCUCAAUAAUUGAAGUUGAUAACUUCAAAAAAAUAAAAAUAAAAACAGAAAUUGAAGUGAGAGAGAGAUAGAGAUAAAGUUAAAGAGAAUGAGAUAUGGCGGAGGUAGAAAGAGGCGAAUGCUGUUGCAACCGUUUUUGGUUUUGUGUGCGACGGUGACAGGUUUGGGAUUGUUUAUGUUGGCGCUGAGGCCGUUGGAUCCUCCGAUCACGGUUGAUUUUCCGAAAAAAAUCGAGCUCGGAGAUUCGAACAGCUCGAGUUUGAACGGCGGCGGAGAGAAGCCGUGCGCGGCGGUGGAGGAGAUGGGGAAGGAUUUCGAAGCUGGUGUUGUCGGGAAGGAGACGCUGAGAGUGAGGAGAAUUAUCGAGGACCACUUCGAUCUGAACGGUGCUUCAAGAAUCAGGGAUUUGCCCCCAGAGCAGUUCUGUAGUCAUGGAUUUGUUCUUGGAAAGACUGCUGAGGCUGGUUUUGGGAAUGAAAUGUACAAGGUCUUAACUGCUGCAGCACUGAGUAUAAUGCUAAACCGGUCCUUGAUCAUUGGCCAAACCAGAGGCAAAUAUCCUUUUGGGGAUUACAUUUCUUAUUCCAACUUUACCUUUACCAUGAAUGAAAUAAAACAUCUGUGGAGACAAAAUCUUUGUGAAAGCAAAUAUGGGAGGCAACUGGUUAUGAGGACUGAUGAUUUUGAAAAGCCUGCUCAAACAAAUGUCCUCUGUAGCAAUUGGAAGGAAUGGAAGCAACCUAUCAUAUGGUUUCAAGGAACUACAGAUGCUGUGGCAGCUCAAUUUUUCUUGAAAAAUAUACACUCUCAGAUGAGGAUUGCUGCUUUUGAUUUAUUUGGUGAUCCACAAGUUCUGGGAUCUCAGCCGAAUGUAUUUGGAGAGCUCUUGAGAGUUCUCAUAUCUCCUUCAAAAGAUGUUGAAGCAGCUGUCAAUUGGGUUAUUGGUGGUGAGGAGAAUCCUGACAUCUCAUUGCAUAUGCGGAUGCUUAUGAAUAGGUCCAUAAGAGCUGUACAGGCUGCAUUGCAUUGCAUCAAAAAAGUCAUAGAGAGUCAGCACCUAACUUCUAGACCAAAGGUGGUUGUGGUGUCAGAUACACCUUCUCUUGUUAAAAGUAUCAUGCCCAACAUAAGCGAAUUUGCACAGGUUCUUUAUUUUGAUUAUGAAAAGUUCAAAGGAAAUAUCUUUGAAGGUUUGCCCAAGUUAGAUUUUAGAGUGAAGGAUUGGGGUCCAGCACCCAGAUGGGUUGCUUUUGUGGAUUUUUUUCUUGCAUCUCGAGCUAAAUAUGCUGUUGUCUCUGGAGCUCAUCGGCGCGUUGGAACUACCUAUGCUCAACUAAUCGCUGCACUGGCUGCAACACGCAAUCUGGGAGACAACUCGUCUAGUUCAAGUUUUUCAUUUUUGAGCAGUUUCCAGAGUACUAUGUUGACUGAAGGUUUAAAGAAUCAAGUUGGUUGGGGCCAUGUGUGGAACAGAUAUGCCGGACCAUUGAGUUGUCAUAACCAGACCAACCAAUGCGCUUUCACACCACUUCUCCCUCCUGGCUGGUGGGAUGGCUUAUGGCAGUCACCUAUUCCAAAGGAUAUCAGCCGUCUUGCUGCCUAUGGCAUCAAACUGUCUGGUCUUGGCACAGUUGAUUAUGAUUCCCUUCAAAAUUACUGUAGUACAAGGAAAAAUGUUGAGAGAACCGUCACAUUCAAUUUGUAGCGUUUGGAAGACACAUUUCAUUGUAUUCUUUAUGGUAUAAACAUAAUUUAUUAGUAUAGAAUUUGUUAAGUCAUUCUUUUCACUAUUUGAGUUUUCUUUUUAGUACAUCUGUCAAUUUAAAUGUAACCAAACAAGUUAUAUAUAGCUUUAAAAAUGAAAUUUUGAGUGUUGAAGUUA